UUUAGUUGUUAUUAAAAUAAAACGAAACUCCCAGAGGAUACAAAGAAGCAUAUAUAUUACAUUUCGAUAGCCGAAGCCAUUGAGGUAAUACAAUAAAACUUACAGCGCGAUCUGAAAAAACCCUAGAAAGAGCCAUGACGUCUCUGAUAAAGGGGGCGUUGGCCAAAGCAACAAAAUUCACAGUCGAUUGGGUCACCAUUCGGUACUGCACUGUCGUUGGCAAUCGCCUCAGGAAAUACGGUCUCCGCCACGACGAUUUGUAUGAUCAGUCCUUUGAUCUGGACUUACAAGAAGCUCUUAAUCGCUUGCCCCGAGAGGUAGUGGAUGCUCGCAACCAGCGCAUAAAGCGUGCUAUGGAUCUUUCAAUGAAGCACGAGUACUUGCCUAAAGAAUUACAGGCGGUUCAAACUCCCUUCAGAGGUUACCUUUAUGACAUGCUGGAGUUGGUUAAAGCAGAGAGGAAAGAACGUGAAGCCUUGGGUGCUACUCCACUAUAUGAACGCACCAUACCGUGAUUUAGUUUUUAGUGAGUUAUAUUUUAUUGGUGUGCUUGAUGUGGCCACCCAAUGUCAACAAGUCUUUUCUGACACAAAAUAAAUUGCUGUGUAGUGAUCCUAUUCUGUAGACAGAGUUUUGAGUCUUUGGAGUGAAGUCAUAGUUGUUCCAGUUGCCCUGUGCGUAGCAUUUAUUUGUAUCCAAGGCUCAAAUCUGUAGAAAGAUUUUCAUAAAUGCAAAGUUUAUUGUUAUUUUUCCUUCUUUGAAACUAGAGGAUCUGGAAUAAAUCAAUUAUGGACUUUGGAUUUGGUUUAGAUGAAAAUAUUAUCUAAUCAAAGUACUCUGAAGCUAGAGACCUUGGUGUCAGUAAAGAAAUUCUUAUAAUGAAUUUUGCAUGCUCCUCUUAAACAUA